AUGAAUUAAGGUUCAACAUUAGAAGAGGAAUUUUCUUAUUUAAUUUAAUAAUCAAAGAUAUGCAAACGUGUUAUUGUUGAUGCAAAAACCUCAAUUAAUUCUGUAUGUAUUUCAGAAGACCAUAAAUAAAUAGUAAUUUUUCAUCAUCUUAAUGGUGGAGGUUUUCUUAGUGUUUGGGAUCUAGAAACAUUAAAAGUUAAAUAAAGAAUUGAUAUACCUAAACUAUACUCUGAGGAUGGCUUAUGCAAAUUUUCGAGAGAUAAUAAAUAUAUUUUCUUUGCUUUAUACAAUGAUAAUAAACUUUAAAUUAUAUAAUUAGUUUCGAGAAGAGCUCGGGUAACAGAAUGUCAUUUAGAAGAAGCAUUAAAAUAGAUGGAAAUUUCAAUUAAUCCAAAAUAUUGUUGUACUGUGACUUCAAAUUAUUGUUUGUUAUGGAAUUAAGAUACUAAGAAGGUUGAUCAUAAGAUUAAAACAAAUUUAAAUUUUAUAUGUUGUUGUUUUAAAAACAAUGACAAAUAAUUAAUUACAAUUAGUUAUUUAGAAGAUGAAUAUACACAAUUUAAUUGUUGGAGAACAAAUAAUUAUAAGGUUAAUAAAACAUGGGCUUGUAGAUAUGUAUCAAAAUAAGCUAAUUGUUUUUUAUUAGAAAAAUAAUAAAUUUUAAUAGUUGAUUAUUAUGAUGUCUAAGAACACUAUAUUUAAAUAUGGAGUUUGAUUGGAUAUUCAUUAAUUAGAUCAUUGUACUAGGCAAUUGAUCCAUUUUAUAUUAGAAAAAUUUAUAAUUCUAAAUUAAUAGUUGAAUGUUAGGAUGAGGAUGAUGAAGAAGAAUAGAAUACUCAACAUUAAUGGAUAGGAUUUUUUGAUAUUUUAACAUUUAAAUAUAGAAAAUUUGAAACAUUUAUUGAUUACGGUUUAAGAUAUUUUGUUUUACAGAAUGCUUUAAUAGUUGAAAAUAGAAAGAAAAAAUCAAAUAAUACAGAAAUAAUUAUCAAUUUAAAAUGA